AUGGCACCCAGUAGAGGACUAAGAAGACUGACAGAUCCAGCAAGAUCGAGUCUGGAAUACUAUGUCUGCCCAAGAUGUCGCCUUCAAGCCCGCAGCUUCUCAACCACGCCCUCUAUCUACUCAGGCCACAACCGCUGGUCCAAGAUCAAACACGACAAAGCCAAAGUCGACUCUGUGAAGAACAAACAGCGUUCCAUAUUCUCCGCCGAACUAGCCACAGCCAGUAAACUCUUCGGACCCGAUCCGAGUCUGAACACUCGUUUGGCCGAUCUGAUCACGAAAGCGAAGAGGGAAGGUUUUGCUAAAGCAUCUAUCGAAGCGGCUAUAGCCAGAGGGCAGGGCAGAAGCACGAGUGGCGUCGCACUAGAGAGUGUGACGUUAGAGGGCAUACUACCGGGAAAUGUGGCAGUGAUUGUGGAGUGUGAGACCGAUAAUAAAUUGAGGACGUUGGCGGAAGUGAGGUUGAUACUCAAGGAGGCAGGUGGCAACGCUACACCAUAUGCUGCUUUGGAAGCAGGAGCCACGGAUGUGGAGGAGGACGAGGAGGGCAGGGUUGUAGUUUUGAGUGAGCCUGGAGAGACCAAAGCAGUCGGGGAAGCAGUCGCGCAGUCUUUAGGACUGCAAAUUGCGACAUCUAGCAUACUCUGGGAUCCUAAUGGCGAUACGAAGGUUGCUGUACAAGACGAGAAGGCUGCACAAGAGCUUGGCGAAUUUGUAGAUGAAUUACAAGAUCGCGAGACAAGUCUGCAAGCUGUGUCCAUGAAUGUGGCGCGGGGCAGUCUCGAUGAUGUGUUAUGGAAAGAGGUGCAGACACGCUUAAGCAGCUGA